UUGGAAGAAUCCAGUGGGGGAGGAAGGGUGCCACGGAGUGACCUGUGAUUAAAUCUGAGCUCCUGAGAGAUUUUCUGUUACUCUUGAAACUCCUGCGUGGCCGGUGACACGUCUCCCCCUGAACCUCGGACUGCAGAAUGCAACAACCAGGCCGGCUGAGGCUGAGGCCAUGGCUGGAGGAGCAGAUUCAGUCUGGGAGGUAUCCAGGAGUUAGCUGGCUGGACCAGCCAGCACGGAUCUUUCAAAUCCCAUGGAAACAUGCCGCUCGUCAUGGAUGGAGUAUUGACCGAGAUGCUACACUCUUCAGGAGUUGGGCCAUGCACACUGGACGGUACCAUCCAGGCAAAGACAAGCCAGAUCCCAAGACAUGGAAGGCAAAUUUCCGCUGUGCCUUGAAUUCUCUGUCUGACAUCUGUGAGCUGCGGGAGCACAGCAGGAAGAGAGGCAGCAAUGCCUACAGAGUCUACAGGAUGAUGCCCAGCACACAAACACACAGACGCAGGAGAGGGCUGAGGUUGAUAAGCAGGCCUCGAGAAAGACAGGCGGGUUUAGUUGAUGAUACACACACAACACAUGCUUGGCAACCCACAACAACAAGACCCAUUUCAGCCACACCAGAGAAGGUGGAGACCCAUGCAGAGGACAUAUUUGGUGACGCCCAAACGCAUGGUAUGUGGGAGGCCAAACCAGAGGACCAGGAACAAAAUGAGGCUGUAUUUAAGUUGAUGGACCACUUAAGCAACACUGACGUCUGGAACCUGACUGGGGAGCAGAGAGGAUGGAGAACACACACACUGUGGGACCACUGGCAAUGUGCUGGUGAUGAUAACCAAUAUUCUCUGCACACAGAGAACUACAGUGAUCUGUUUGGUCCAAACUACAUCAAGGAGCUUUCCGAUUGGUCCACACAUCAGCAAACACUGAUGCCGUAGCUGUGUACUGAACGGCUCAUCCUCAUGCUCUUUGUGUUACACACACAGCUGUUCUUCCCUCAGGCUUUCUUGCUAACUUUCAGCUGAUUUCCUCCCGCUGUCUGUCUGCUGAGCUGACCACUGAAAAAGGGGAAACAAGAGAGGGGGAACGGUCGGGCGGUCAUCCUCUCUGCUGAGCAUGCUGAGAUGAAGAUCCUGUUCCAAGCCAAGCUUUACCUCUGUCAUCAUCACUUCACUAUGGUUCAGUGCCUCAAACUUACUGACAUGACACCAAGCUCAGUGAAAACAGAUCUCAUUUCGCUUUAGCGCAGGAUCGGUUAUUGCUCUGCUGUUUCUCUGGGUUUUACUGGAUGUUUAGCCAACAUACAGUAAAGGAAGUGCAGAACACACAGGCAUUACAGUUUGGCUUGUGUUUGUUUGUGUUGAGUUUAAAAGUCCACAGCACUACACAGUAAGCUGUAAUCAACAUGUAUCUUUUUUGUCCUAUAUAUGCAGUUUCUAUACUUUUAGUUUUACCAAUUUUUAAGACUUCUCACAGAGAUACUCAAGUUGUAUAUUUUCAUUGUUUGAGGCAGAACAUGGUGCACUUUGUUUUGUAUGAUAUUGUACAACCUGUUUUGUAAUUUUAAAUACUGUAUGAAUGGAAUGCGUUAGCUUCAGAAGGUGGCUGUUUAUCAUUCAAUAAAACCUAUAACCAGCAGUGGAUUUAUUAAAUUUGGCAGUCAGUGACCCACCGUCAUUAUUACGCUGCUGUAUAAUAAUUCUCAACAGAAUUGAUGUGAUGAAUUUUAAAAAGCCAACCAAUAAUAUGCCUUUAUUGUUUAUUGACAUUCAAAGAUAGGUGCAUUUUAAUAUUUUAAGAAAUACAUUUUAAAAAGUAAUUUGUUGUGAGGGCUUCACUAUAAAUACAUAUGUUGUAAGACUCACCCUGUGACUGUAAACAGACGUAGUACUAAUAAAAGUAAAAAUAUAGCUCACAUUUCCAAGUUCUUUAACGUUAGUGUAUACCAAAAUCUAAUCGUUUAGUGUGAUUAAAAGCUGCAGUAACAUAUAACAAUAUCCUUACUUUAUUGAUCAUAACUGGAAUAUAGAUUGUCACACUAGUUAUUUGUGCUUGGUCACUUUACAGGCUUUUAUCAUGGUAGACAUCUUGUUCUAGACAAUUAGCACAGGUGGAAACAAUAACACUAAUUAGGACUCUGUCACUCUGAAGUGUCACUGUCUUCACAUCUGGCCUUGAAAGUGGCCCACUUGCCUGUAAUUUGUAAUUAUGAAAACAAAUGUGCUCUUUUUUUCUCAGC